UUGCAUGGGAAUGCUGUUAUAAUGCUUAUACUCAUUUGAAAAUAUUUCCACAAAUAUGGAGGAGCAUACAGCCUGUGUAACUACAAAUGGACCAGUCUUGAACAUUUUGUCCCCUGAGAAUUGUGACAUUGAAAUUUUAGACAAUGGAAGGACCAUCAAUGAUUUCAUAGACAAUAAAAUACAGGAACUUGGUUCAAAAGACAGUGAACAGCCAUUCUAUGUGGCAAAUCUAGAUGAUAUGGUUAAGAAGCACCUGAGAUGGCUCACUGCGUUACCUCGAGUCAAGCCUUUCUAUGCACUGAAGUGCAACAGCUCACCAGCGGUUUUGAGGACGAUGAUUGCUCUGGGCACAGGUUUUGACUGUGCUAGCAAGGGUGAGAUUCAGCUGGCCCUGUCCCUCGGUGUGGCACCUGAUAAAAUAAUUUAUGCACACACAACCAAAGCACGGUCACACAUCAAAUAUGCCCGUACUCAUGGAGUAAAUAUGAUGACUUUUGACAGCGAGGAUGAACUCGUAAAAAUUUCUUUCUGUCAUCCUACAGCCAGACUGGUACUCCGCAUCGCAGUGGACGACACUUGCUCGGUGAUAAGACUCAGUUCAAAGUUUGGAGCCAGACUGGGGACAGUGGAUAAGCUGCUGGGGCGUGCUCGGGAGCUGGACCUGGAUGUCAUUGGGGUCAGCUUCCAUGUAGGCAGCGGGUGCACUGAAAGUUCGGCAUUCAAACAGGCCAUAGCAGAUGCCCGACAUGUUUUUGACAUAGCGAAUAAGUUGGGAUUCCAGAUGACUCUCUUGGACAUUGGUGGAGGGUUCCCUGGGAGAAAUGACUUCAAAGUCACAUUUGAAGAGGUUUCAGAAGUCAUUAAUGGAGCACUGGAUGAAUACUUCCCCUCUGACAGUGAAGUGGAGAUCAUCGCUGAGCCAGGCCGAUACUAUGUGGAAUCAUCCUUUACACUGGCAGCGAACGUCAUUGCCAAAAGAGUCAUCCUAGAUGAUACGGAACACAGUGAAAUUGUGGAAAACAGCCGGGACAGAACGAUGAUGUACUACCUUAAUGAUGGACUGUACGGUUCCCUGAGUCCCAUCGUCGAUGAACCUUCUUACUACAAGUUUGAACCAUACUGUCACAGGGCUGUUAAGAGCAGUGAGCAGAAGUACCAGUCUAUCAUCUGGGGUCCAACCUGCGACAGCACUGAUAAACUAUCUGACGACUACUGGCUUCCUGAGUUGCACGUGGGGGACUGGCUUCUCAUCGACAACUCGGGUGCUUACACUGUUAGUUUAUGCACUGAAUACUGUGGAUUUGAAAGAACACGCAUUUACCCUGUUGUGACAGCUGAAACAUGGCACGCCUUAAACCUUUCUCACAUUUAAGUUAGUUAAGUCAAGUAAAAAUAGUCAUACAGUAUAUAAGGUGCU